AUGGCUGCCGUCAUGGCAGAAGUCCCUCUUGUUGCAGAUGGUGAAUUUGCUGUGGGGAUAGAAUUCAGUUCAAGGGAAGCUGUUAUUAGGGCGAUGAAAGAGGUUAGCAUGAUCAGCAGAAAGUACUAUUGGAUUAUUAGGAGGUAUAAUGGUAGUCACACUUGUACCAAAGCCACCAUUUCUCAGGAUCAUUUGAAGCUGGAUUCUAACACAAUUGCAGAAGCAAUAAAGCCGUUGGUUGAGGCUGACCCCUCCUUAAAGGUAAAAUCAGUUAUUGCAGAAGUGCAAUCGAAGUUCAAUUACACUGCCAUGUGUCAUAAGGAGCCAUCAGUUAUCGUCCAUUUUGAGACUAUGCCUGCAUACCAAGGCGAUGCCUUGGUAAAUGAUAUCCGGGUGUUGCAUCGAGUCUUUUGGAGUUAUUACCCCUGCAUUAGAGCAUUUAGACAUUGUAAGCCAGUUGUCCAGGUGGAUGGGACUCACUUGUACGGAAAGUAUAAGGGUUGUUUGUUAGUGGCAGUGUCACAGGAUGGUAACAACAAUAUCGUCCCAAUUUCAUUUGCUAUUGUGGAGGGAGAGACUUCUGAUGCGUGGCACUUUUUCCUUAGUAACAUGCGACAACAUGUUGUGACUCGGGAUGGUGUAGGGCUGAUAUCCGACCGACACGAAUCCAUCAAUGCAGCUGUGGUUCGCAGUAACGGAGCAUGGUCACCUCCUCGAGCUUUCCACAUGUUUUGCAUCAGGCAUAUAGAGUCAAAUUUACUGAGAAAAUUCAAAGCACCGUACCUACAAAAACUUGUCAUUAAUAUAGGGUAUUCGAGGACGUAUGCAUUAGCAUUUGAUGGUGGCUACCGAUGGGGUCACAUGACGACGAAUUUAGUAGAAUGCAUCAACUCAGUCUUGAAGGGUGCACGCAAUCUCCCCAUCACUGCACUUGUCAAAGCAACAUUCUACAGGCUUAAUGAGUUGCAGAAUGAGGUCUUUGAAGUGCGUGAGAUGCCAAGUGGGUUGGAGUAUGCCGUUGACCUUCGUCGGCACCGAUGUGACUGUGGUGAGUUCCAGGUGAACCGGAUUCCGUGUCGGCAUGUGUUUGCAUAUUGUGCAAAUCAAAGAUUGGAUUGGCAAGUGUACGUUCAUGAUGUGUAUAAGAUGGACCAAGUUCGACGGGUUUACCGAGCUAGGUUUAGGCCACUGGGGAACCCAACUACGUGGCCUGCAUACAACGGGCCGCGAUUCGUACCGAAUCCGUACCUCCAGCGCGUAACGAAAGGUCGCCCCAGGAUGAUGCGCUUCUUGAACGAGAUGGACACGCGAAUGCUGCGUCGUCCAAGGCGAUGUAGGUAA